CAACAAAAGAUAAAAACACAUAAUUACAACUCUACAGCAAAUAUGUGAUACAACAUACAACAGACAAAUAUUGAUCUUCAUUGUCGUAUUACUACAAUAACAAAUUUAAUUAAUGAAAUAUGAAUAAACCUUUAUUGCUAUUUUUUAAAACAAAUCAGUGAAAGCAAUCUAGUUGAAACAACAUGACCCCAAAGACAAUUUCGGAUGCAAUAUAAGUAGAGUAAUGCCUUAUCUAAAUAUUAAAAAACAGUUAAAAAAGGCAGAUUUAUCUAAUAAUUAAUUAUAUUUAACAUCAGUUUGCAUCAGUUUAUAUUGUUGUAUUGAUGGAUGGUUGAUGGCAAAAGUAAACAAUUUCAAAUCAAUUUUUUAUCGGGCAAUCAGACCGGUGUUUCUAAAUUGUUUUAAAAAUUAAUAAAAACUAGUCCCAUGGCUAAGUUAAAGGAGCCAAUCAAAAUAGAUUACGAUGAUCCAAAAUACCGUAUCACGCUGUUACAACAAGCUGCAGCCUCCUGUACAGGAGCUUUGAUAACAUCAAUAUUUAUGACACCUUUAGAUGUAGUUAAAAUUAGAAUGCAGGCUCAAACACAAGUGGUUGACAAAUGUUUCUUGUAUUGUAAUGGUCUAAUGGAUCAUCUUUGUAGUUGUCAACCAUCCGAUCCCAAAAAUCCAUGGUACAAGAGACCAAGUCAUUUUAAUGGAACAGUAGACGCUUUUAUUAAAAUUGCUAGAAACGAAGGUGUUACAUCUCUUUGGAGCGGUCUUAGUCCGACAUUAGUUUUAUCCGUACCAGCUACAAUUUGUUAUUUUGUAACAUAUGAACAACUUAGACUAAAGUUAAAAUCAAUAUAUAAUAGGAGAAAUUUAGGAAAUGAUACAAAGAAACAACCUUAUUGGAUUCCAUUAGUAUCUGGGGGCACAGCAAGGGUCCUUUCAGUAACCCUUGUAAAUCCUUUAGAAUUAAUUAGAACGAAAAUGCAAUCAGAAAAACUGAGUUACUUUGAGCUUAGAGAUGCUUUAAAAAUAUUGUUGAAGCAAGAUGGUGUGAAGGGUCUAUGGAAGGGUAUAUAUCCUACAUUUUUGAGGGAUGUACCCUUUUCUGCUAUAUAUUGGAUGAGUUAUGAAUCAAUUAAAUCUUUGUAUGGUUCUGAUCACCCUUCAUUUGGGCAAACUUUCGUUGCGGGAGCAAUUUCUGGUAGUGUUGCAGCAACAAUAACAGUUCCUUUUGAUGUAGUCAAAACCCAUCAACAAAUAGAAUUCGGUACAAGUUUAUUUAACGGUGCUGAUGGAGUAAAGAAAUCUAGGACGACAUCCACAAUUUUUAUGGAUAUUUAUAGGAGCAAUGGAAUUCGGGGACUCUACGCCGGCUUAGUGCCGAGAUUGAUAAAAGUGGCACCCGCCUGCGCAAUCAUGAUCUCCUCGUUCGAAUAUGGAAAGGUUUUCUUCAACAGGCCAAAACAUAAAUCCGAUGAUUCUGCAGUUAACGUUUAUAAAAUAGAGAAACUUUCAUUAGGUUAGGUUCCCACUAGUUAAUAAUUGUAUUUUUUCAAAAUAAAGGUAUGUUAAGAUGUUUGUUAGAUCUGUAUGAUUAAAUUUGUAUUUACUUUUAUUAAAAACAACAUAACCUAACUACGAAAGAGCAGAUGAAUGAAAUAUUUAAGGUAUUUUAUUAAGAUUUUUAAUAUAUAUAUAUGUAUUGUUUAUAUUUUCAUUGCCAUUUUUUUUUGUAUAAAUUCUGGCAGUUAGAGAUAUUUUGACUACUAUUUUCUAUCUGUUAAAGCAAGCAAUGUUUUUUGAAACAUGAAAUAUUAAAUUUCUUGUAUAUCGCGGUGAAAUGUCUUCGAGACAAAGCAAACAAUUACGUUUCUGUGUAUUCCUAGUCAAUGAACGUUUUUAACGUGUAUAUAGUUUGUACUAUUAAUUCCUAUUAAAUUUUAAUAGCGUUGAAGGUAAAGAGAUUGUAAAACAAUGGUUAAACGAUUAUAUUUUGUACGUUACAGAUGUUAUACAUUUUAUAAUAGACAUUUUUUUCUA